UAUUUUGGAGCAAUCCUUGCGCGGUUCAGUUGUAAUCACUGGUGAUUGCAUGCAGCUUCUGCAGGUGUCAGUGUGACUGUAGUCGGUAGGAGGGACUUGAUGCUCCAACUUCUCAUUUUGCGUCUCUGCUCUCCAGCCAGUCGUCCUGGUCCUGUUGGGGAGACAGCGGCAUCUGCGGCGCUGCAUUCCGGGGAACACCAUGCACCUUCGGCUGAAAAUACGAAUGGAAGCCUAUAUUAUUAUUCCCUGUUUUUGAUUUGGAUAUUUUUCUUUUUUGUAUUAUUUUUGCGUCUUGUCUUUCUUUCCACCCCCACCUCCUCAUUUUCCCUCUGACGCGCAAGGACACUACAGCAUCCAUCCGCGGUAGAACGGCUCGCACAGAGCAUCCUCUGUGCAGACCAGGCAUCCUCCUCCUCCUUUCCUUCCUCCCACUCUCCUCCUCUUCUCUUUUCUCGUUCUGUUCGAACCCAGAGGACAUCGGGACCCCCUUUCUGUACCCCCCCUGCUUCACCCGGAGACAUGGAUCUAUGGUUUCAUUCGAUCCGGAUUUGCUGGUGGAGGGUUUUGUUUCUGAUGAGUAUUUUCCAGGACUAUCUGAGCUCCAUGCUGGACUGCCCGCCGACCUGCAGCUGCUCUCAAACAGAGAUCUAUUGCAAUAAGUCCGACAACGGCAGAUUUUUCCCUUUACUCGCCCUGCAAGACACGGGGACCAAUGGGACCACCACUGAUAUAGCGGAGUUAUUCAAAAACAUCUCUUCUAUACACAUAGAGAACUGGACGGGAUUGGAGACACUGAGGGACGUGGAUAUGGAGCUCUACACCGGACUACAGAGGCUAACCAUCAUGAAUUGUAAGCUGAAGGUGAUCCAGCCCCGAGCGUUUGCUCAGAACCCACACCUGCGCUACAUAAACUUGUCAAAGAAUCCUCUCACCACUCUGUCAUGGCAGCUCUUCAAGCACCUCCAACUCUCCGAGCUACGUUUGGAUGGAGUGGUUUUCGACUGCGGAUGCGACAUUCGCUGGAUCCAGCUGUGGCAGCAGAGAGGAGAGGCGAUGCUCCACACGCAGGAGCUGUACUGCAGAGACGGAGCCUCCAAGAUACGCCUGGGAAACAUGUACAUCGAGAAAUGCGACUUACCGGAGAUCAGCGUGAGCCACAGCAGCGUUCUGGUGAGGGAGGGCGACAACGUGACCGUGAGCUGCAACGGGACCGGAUUACCGCUGCCCGAAGUGGACUGGACUGUGGGCCAAUUGAAUUCCAUCAACACACACAUGUCAAACGUUUACUGGCCGAACAUCCACUCCAUUGACCUGAACCUGUUCAACAUCAGCCGGGAUGACAACAACUUCCAGCUGAGCUGCAUUGCAGAGAACGUGGUGGGGAUGACCAACUCCUCCAUCCAGCUGAAUGUGCAAUUCCCUCCAGUCAUCUUAAUGCUGGCUGAGCCUCAGCAGCGGCUGGACACCUGCAUCGAAUUCACGGUCCGCGGGAACCCCCACCCCAAACUGCGCUGGUUCCACAAGCAAGAGGAGAUCCAACAGAACAAGUACAUCCGAACAGACAUGGACUUUUACCAGGACACCCUCGAGGGCUGUUUGAUUUUCCGGAACCCGACUCACCUCAACAACGGCAACUACACCCUGGAGGCCACUAACCCUCUGGGGAGGGCCACGAAGACGGUUUAUGGUCACUUCCUGGUCGCACCUGAGGACAGCGACAUAGAGAAACCAGAUCUGCCAUCAGAUGAUGUUUCGGGCCAACAGGAUGAAGACACAUUUGGGGUCACCAUUGCUGUGGGCUUGGCCGGCUUCGCCUGCAUCCUUCUCCUCGUCCUUUUUGUUCUCAUCAACAAAUACGGCCGGCGCUCCAAAUUCGGUAUGAAAGAAAGAGGAAGAAGUUAUGGUUUCAAAUGUUCCCCAUCCUUCUCGUGUUUCUGUGCAUUUGGACAUCAAAGCAUCUCACCUUUGAACUGUCCAGUAGCUGUAAUCAGUGGAGAGGAAGACUCUGCCAGUCCUCUUCAUCAUGUCAACCAUGGGAUUAUAACUCCGUGUACACUGGAUGCAGGUCCGGACGCGGUCGUCAUUGGGAUGACUCGCAUCCCUGUGGUGGAGAACCCCCAAUACUUCAGACACGGACACAACUGCAACAAACCAACAACUCUCGUGCAGCAUAUAAAGAGGAGGGACAUCAUCUUGAAGAGGGAGCUGGGGGAGGGAGCCUUCGGAAAGGUCUUCUUGGCGGAGUGCUACAACCUCAGCCCCACCAAGGACAAGAUGCUGGUGGCUGUUAAGACGCUGAAAGAUCCCAACCUGUCAGCCAGGAAGGACUUCCAGAGGGAGGCGGAGCUGCUGACCAACCUGCAGCACGACCACAUUGUUAAAUUCUACGGCGUGUGUGUAGACGGAGAUCCGCUCAUCAUGGUGUUCGAAUACAUGAAGCACGGCGACCUCAACAAAUUCCUGAGAGCUCACGGCCCCGACUCCAUGAUCCUGGUCGAUGGUCAGCCACUGCAGUCCAACGGAGAGCUUGGCCUUUCCCAGAUGCUGCACAUUGCCACUCAGAUUGCCUCCGGCAUGGUCUACCUAGCCUCCCAGCACUUUGUGCACAGAGAUCUGGCAACCCGCAACUGCCUGGUGGGGAACGGCCUCCUGGUGAAGAUUGGAGACUUCGGCAUGUCCAGGGACAUCUACAGCAGCGACUACUACAGGGUUGGAGGACACACCAUGCUCCCUAUCCGCUGGAUGCCGCCAGAGAGCAUCAUGUACAGGAAGUUCUCCACGGAAAGUGAUGUCUGGAGUUUCGGAGUCAUCCUGUGGGAGAUCUUUACCUAUGGGAAGCAGCCUUGGUUUCAGCUGGGUAACAAUGAGGUCAUUGAGUGCAUAACCCAGGGCCGGGUGCUGGAGAGGCCACGGAUCUGUCCUAAGGAGGUGUACGACAUCAUGCUGGGCUGCUGGCAGAGGGAACCUCAGCAGCGGCUGAACAUUAAGGACAUUCAGAAGGUCCUGUUCGCCAUGGGAAAAGCCACGCCAGUUUACCUGGACAUCCUGGGCUAACAGCAUCCCGCCAUGACGGAACGGUCAACAGACAUACAUGACAGGACAGCCCUCACGAAUCCAGGAAUAACCAAACCAACCUGCUCCACUGUCGAAAAACACCUGUUUUGUUUGGGAAGGACUUAAGUGCCUGCAACACUUUUGGAUAUAGUGGAUACAACGUAUAAAAAAAAAACACACACUUUUACAUUUUGUUUACUUGCAUAUAUGAUGUACAGGUUUGAAAAAGACUUUUUUUUUUUCUUGAAAAACUGCAAAAAUACACAAACGGAGAAAGAACCAGGCAGUCGAAAGAUGGCCACAACCUGGCGAUAUAAAGAGAAUACAGCAGAGUUUAAAUCUAUCAAGGCUUUGGUUUAUUGAAUAUAUAUAUAUAUAGAAAUAUUACAUAUAUUUUCUAUUUAUUUCUUUUUGUCAAAAUGUUGAAGGGUCUGCCAUUUGUGUUGCCAAGGGCUCGGCCCUAGGACUGGAGAUGGAAGCCUUACUCUCUGAUUGACUGCCACUGCGCUCCGAAUGGCGACGGCGGUGGGAAAACAGCAGCGCUCCUACCCAAUCAGACAACCGACAAAUCUAUUUUAAUUUAAAAACAAUGUACAUAUUGUAAAAUUCUAUGUGUCAGAAUUAUGUUAACUUAUUUUUUCGGAUGUCACUUUGGUUCUUUUCCGACUGUGAUCUGGGUGCCGACGAGUACUGAGCUUGGGUCUGUGUUUUCAUCCUAAUCCAGCGGCGAUUUCUCCUGGGGGAUCACCCAUGUCGGCGCUGGUCGAGUCGUCUAACGCGGUGAAAGCAAAUGACAUUGAACGCUGAAUCACAGACUUUGUGGGAUGACUCAGAGCCAUGCUUUCGACAUGACACUUUGGGAAGAGGUGACGAAACCUCCUUUUAACUUUCCAGUUCAUUUGCUUUUUAUAGCAAGAAUGAGUCGACGAGUAAAAUCCCACGGCACACCCCUCCAUCACAAACACGCGCUUGGUUAUUUUCAUGCUUUUUUGGUGUGAAACUGUUUUUGUAAGUCAUCAUUUGUUAGUCCCAGGUGUGUUGCCUCUCUAUGUUAAAGGAGUAGUUUGAUGUUUGGGGAAUUUGCUUUCUUGCUGUAAGUUGUGAACUUUUUCUGUUUGUGAGACGCUGCAGGUCAGGACAACACGCGCUGCUUAGCACGGAAACUGGAAAACAGGACAAGCACCUGCCCUCAAUCAGCAAAACUAUCAUUACGGAGCACAUUAUCCUUUUAAAAAUUAAUAAACUGCUAAUGGAAAUUGUAAAUUUGGCUUUAAACAAUUUUCUAAAUUGGCUCCAAUUUGUCUGAAUUUGAGCAGAACAGAAGUCUCAAGAUUUUAAGAUAAAAAUGUUCUUUUUGUUUACUUUAUUUCCAGCUGUAAGUGAGUCAUUUGCUGCAAAUAUGAUGGGAAAUAAACAGAUGGAUUAAUCAUUUAUUAAUCAUACAACAAUGUGUAGACUCACUUCAACCUAUUACAGUUCACUAAUUCUGGAUGUUUUUAUAACAAAAUUUCCCACCCGUGAAAGCUACUUCAAAUGCUAGUUAAAUAUGUUAAAUGGUUAGAACUGCUGAAAUAUUAUAUUUAAAAAGAAAAAUAUGUAAUCCCCAAACAGUUUUGCAUUAUAUUUCUAAGUAAAAGCUAUUGUUGUUCUAAAGUAUCAGGGAUUAAGAAUCAAAACUUCUGAAUAGAAGCAGAAACUUCGGCCAUGUUCUUUUUUCACUUUUGCGUCUCUAUGAACUGCAUUCUUCUGUCAUUUUCACACCAAAGGAACCAUUUUCUUUAUUGUCUAUUGAAUAUUUUUGUUUUCUUUUUAUAAGUGAACCAGUGGUCUUAAAAAUGACAUCUUGAACUGGGAGGUUUUAGCAAUAUUGCUGAGGUAAGUACAUUAGCAGUGUUGCUUGUGGACAUGAUAAAGUAACAUUUUUUUGUUCUGUUAAGAGUAGUGUUUAACUGUAGGCUGUUAUUCAAAUCAUAAGAAGAUUUUAUAGAGGAAAACAUUGGAAAAAGUCCAAUUUAAGUUUUGUUGCAGCUAUUCUCCGUCACAUCUCUGGAUUUGAGAGAACAUUUAACCCUUAAGCCUCAUUUCCUCUGAGCGGCCUGGUCUGAUGAGGAGUGGUACGGUCCAGUCCAGUCAAGCCUCGCUUUUUACUAAGGGGUUUGUUUUCCUGGCACAUGCAUGGUGUAAACUGCUAGCGUGUCAUUGUAGUGCUACGAGAAAAACAUGAACGAUGGAGGUCAUCCUGCAGAUUGUCUUUUAGUUGCUUUACUUCUGGUAUAUCAUGUAAAAAACCAGAAGCUGCGCUGUUUCUUGGCAUUUUUAAUAUAAACUUGUGACCAAAAGAGUACACAGGGAACCACAAAAACCAGAAUGAUUACAAAUGUUGGAAACGUUAGCUUGAAUGAGCGCUAUAUUGGCACUUUUUUUUAAUUUUUUUUAAUGUCGUCGUCACUUUCUGCCACUCAACGAGUGUCCGGCCCAACUGUCCACUUUUCAAUAGACCUACAACUCUUGAGAAAACAGGCUCAAAGCUUAGACCUCCUCGAUGCCUAAUCACAACUUUGAUCACUCUUCAUAUAUUUUCUCCAAACAUGAUAUGAAGGAAGAAGAUGUUCCGUUAGGCCUCCCCGAUAAGAUUUGGCCAGGAAAACAAGUUCUUUUUGUAACAGUAAGAGCAGUCCGCGUGGCGUCAUCUGGGCUUCUAUUGAUUGCACUUGAGAUGCUGAAAAGGACACUUUUGACCACACAUCAGAUUCCAGAUUCUUCUUUGUCUUGAGUUCACAACUUUUGGGGGUCCCCAAGUUCAGUACUGUUUAAUGGAAACGCUCAAAAUACCAGAACGUACCGGAUCGCUCAACGGAAACGAAGCUUUACAUUGUGUUCAAGUCAAAUUGAAGCCAUUUUUACACUUGAAAGUUGGUCAAUUUUGACCCGAACAUAAUAUAGGCGUUUAAAAGCCAUUGACACAAAAAAGUCUUCAACAAAUGGAGUUCUUUUGUUUCCAAAAUAAGAAAAAAACAUGGGUUAAGUUUCUGUGGUUAGAAGUGAGACUCUUCCAUUUGAGUUUUUGGUCCAAAAGUGGAGCAAUUAUUGAAUCUGAGAGUUUUAUUUGAUCCAAACUUGUGAUUCGUUUGUUAGUUUAUUUCUUUAUUUCAUUUCUAAACAUGCCUCUCUAAUGAAUUCCAAGCUUCCAGGGGCACACAACCGUAAAUAAAUGUUGUGGUGAUCAAUACUGAACGGCAAAAAUGCCCUGGAAACAAACGUAUGAACACUAAUAGGAACGUUUCAAUCCAAAAUUUAAAGAGUUUGUGUGACAUUAAGGCAAAAAAAGCCCCAUAUUAUAUAUUUUCUUACAAUUUUGUGCUGCUAACUAGCAGAACUUUUGCAGGUCAUUGAAAUGCUAGUUUAACAGAAAGGAAUCUAUAAUAGAUAAAAGUUGUUUGCUAGCUUUUACACAUUUUCCUGUUAGUUUGAAAAACUGUGUCAUCUUAAGGCUACCACGGCUUUCUUCAUCUCCAAACAAAGAUGUCUCAUUAAAUUUUAAGCAUGCUAGCAGGCUUCUAAGCUAGCAAAACACACUUUCUGGUCUUUAGGCUAAGCGGCUGUCCGUAGCAGAAAGAAUAAUUGGCAUAUCCUCUUCACACAGCGAGAAAGCAAAGACUUUGGUGUGGAACUAUAAAUAUGAAUAUUUCUGGUUGAUAUCAUCAAGAUACUGUUGUCUUUUUUUUUUUAAAGAAACGGUACAAGACUUUGAAAACGCUUCUUUACUUUUCUGCUUUUUUUCCUCCAUGAGUUGUUCAUGAGUGAUGAAAAUUUUGCACUUGUCUUUCACUUUGAUAAAAAAAAAGAAAAUCCUGUUCCUAAAAUACGUAAAUACUUGUUGAUUUGUGGCAGCACAUUGAAAUUCUUCUUUUCAUAGAUAUGACAACAUGAAAAAAUUUGUACGAAAAUGAGUGAAAAUAAAAGAAGUCACAGAAAAACCUACUGCAUACAUCAAAUUAAACAGUCCUAAAAGGAGCAGCUUAUGGUGAAUCAGCUCCAUUUUCAUGUCCUAAAGUUUCAUACUGACUGACAAACCUCAGGCGACUAUUUUAUUCCAUGUUGUAUUUCAGUAUAGCGUGUUACAGGAUGGAAUUCUGCGCAUCUUCCUUGUUCUCUUGACAUGAGUUUUCACUGUAUCACAGUGUUGUCUCUGUUCCCCUUGGGACUAUGUAAAGCAUUAAAGAGCAUUCAGUUAUUUCAAGUCUUUUAUAUGGAGAGAAAGUUCAAAUCCAUCGAGUAACCUAAAGCUUUGAGUUCUUGUGUAAAGAUAAAUGCUUAAAGGCGUUGUGACACGGACCGUGAGCAUUUGCAGGGUAUUGUAAUCCUUACAUAGUGAGUUGAAUAUUGUUUUAAGUUUUUUUUUUUUUCUUGGAUGAACUAACUAAACUUUUUGAAGCAGAGUUGGCAUAUUACCAUGUACACAUGUUACAGAAUAUAAAAAUGUGGUACAACAGCUGCAGUACAUAAAAUACUGCUAUUCCAUCAUAGAUCUUUGUAUUAAUGUGACUCUCUUAAGAAAAUGUCUUCAAACAAUCAGAUGAUCUCCUUUUCCAUUUUGUCCUGUCUGAUAAAAAUGUGUGAAUUUGACAAAA